CAGAGCAGGAAACAUGGCAGCAAAUGUGCAACCAGAGAAGUUAUUCAAGUGCUCAAUAUGUUUAGAGACUUCAGACAACCUGAUGUCCAUCCCAUGUGGACACAGGUACUGUGUGAACUGUGUUAAGAAUUGCUGGGACCAGAAAGAUCUGAUGGGUGACUGCAGCUGUGCCCAAUGCUGCGAAGCCUUCAGCCAAAAGCCUGCACCUCAGAAGAAGCCCAUCUUGGCUGGGAUCAUGGUGAGAAGACUCCAGGAGGUAUCCAGAGAGGUGCACACUAGGAGAAUGUUCAAAAAUGAGGUUCAGAGUCAGCCCCACUGUGUGAAUGGGACAGAAAAACCUCAGAGCUCUGCAACCCAGGUCUGUCCACAACACAAUUUGGAUGUGGAAUACUUCUGUGUUGCUGAUCAUUGUUGCGUCUGCUCAUUAUGCAUAAUGGCAGAGCACAAGAACCAUGAGAUGGUACCUAUUGAGAAGGACCGAGCCAAACAGGAGAGACAACUGGAAGUAAAGCAAAUAGAAAUCCAGCACAAAAUUAGGAAAAAGCAGCAGAAACUGGAAGACAUGAAGUGGACAGUAAAAUUUGUUAAGAACUCUGCAAGGAGAGAAGCAGGAAAGUGUGACAGAAUAUUCGCUGACCUAAUCCACUCCAUUGAGAAACACCGUCAUGAGUUAAAAGAGAUGAUUCGAGCUCAAGAGGAUGCCAUUGUGAAGAAAGCUGAUGAUGUCAUGGGGCAGCUGGAGGGUGAAAUUGAGGAUUUGAAGAAAAUAAACCUCAGACUGAGGAAGCUUUCAAAGGCUGACCAAUGCCAUUUCUUUCAGAAUUUCAAGACUUUCUGUAUUCCUCCUAAAGACCGUGACCUUCCUAAACUUCCCAAAAGUGUGGAUGGCUCUUUUAAAAACUUGACCAGGGAAUUGUUUAGCCUGAAGCAGCAAGUGGACGAGCUUCUCAGACGAGCGCCAAUGAAAGUGACUCAGAAUGCCAGGAAGGCACAGAUUUACAGUGUGACAUGUCCUGAAAGAAUCAGCAGAGAAACGUUUAAACCAUACACCUUCCAGCCGACUCUGGACAAAAACACGCUACAACGGAAACUCUGGCUGUCUGAAGACCAGAGGAUGGUGACCCUCGGGAGGGAGAGCUGGCCCUACCCCAAUCACCCUGAGAGGUUCGACCAACUGCACCAAGUCCUGUGCAUCGAGAGCCUGUCCGGGGCUCAGAGUUACUGGGAGGUGCAGUGGAGCGGCAGGGGAGCCAUGAUCGGAGUCACCUACAAGAGCAUCGGAAGAAAGGGAGCAGGUAAUGACUGCAGCCUUGGGCUCAACAACAAGUCCUGGGGUCUCUGGUGCUCGGGUAGCAUGUUUGCUGCCUGGCAUGAUAACCAGGAGACUAAAAUAGCUGCCGCUCGGUGCCACAGGAUCGGAGUGUAUCUGGACUAUCCAGCUGGGACACUGGCAUUUUAUGGGCUUUCAGAAACGGCCAUGAUCCUUCUGCACAAAUUUGAGACAACGUUUAUUAAACCUCUGCAUCCAGCAUUUUGUUUUUUUUACCAUUAUCCUGGAUUUUAUGUUAAUUUUGAGUCCAGCAUAACAAUCUGCCAGCUGAGCCAGUCUGCUCAACCCUAAUGAGACGGCCCAAAAAGUCAGUUGACCAAAUGUAGAGCUGCACCUUGCAGGUUUUUUUUUUUUAUAAAUGAUGAAAGAUUGUCAUUUUAUAUAGGGGUUGAAUGAAGCUGCACUCACCAACUAAUGUUAUUUUU